AUGUCCAUGUAUUUUCACAAAGAGAAUGGGUCAAAAUUCAUGAUCAUUGAAGUAUAUGUCGAUGAUCUCAAUAUCAUUGGAACUCCUGAAGAGCUCCAAUCAGCCGUAGAAUAUCUGAAAAGGGAAUUUGAGACAAAGUUCUGCCUUGCUCUGCAAAUUGAAUAUGUGGAUAAUGGAAUAUUCAUCUACCAAAUGGCCUAUACCUUGAAGGUAUUGAAGUCACUUGAUCCGAACAAGGAUCCAUUUAGACAGCAAGAAGAUGAUGAAGAGAUAUUUGUUCCUGAAGUACCAUAUCUCAGUGCAAUAUGGACAAAUGAUCUUGGCCUAUUAUACCUGAAUGAUUCUCGACACGAGUUAUUAGGCUAUGCUGAUGCUGGGUAUUUGUCUGGCCUGCAUAAAGUAAAAUUGCGAACUGGCUACACAUUUACAUGUGGCAAUACUGUGGUCUCGUGGAGAUCCACAAAACAGACAAUACCACCACAUCAUCAAAUCAUGCCGAAGCAUUGGCUAUUCAUGAAGCCAACCGAGAAUGUGUAUGGUUGA